GAAAAAAAAAAUAGAGCUUUUUGCCCUCAAGCCCCAAGGGGGUGGUAGGUGCACCCAAUUCGUCUCAUUUUUCAUUCACCAACCCCCUUCUGACAUAUCUUCUGGAAAAAAAAAGAGAAAAACCUGCUUGUUUGCUAAUAAAUCCUCAUUUCCACACCUACCCAUUUUCUGAUUCAAGUGUUUCGAUAUUGGGUUAGCCUCGGACUUCUCAAAGAUCCUGUCUUUCCAACCGGGUCGAUUCGUGAUUUGAUUCAUACGACCAUGGAUUUGGAGUUACUGCAAAAAAUGGAUGUUCAGGUUAUUGUGGGUGUUGCAGUAGCUGUUUUGGCUGUUGGUGCCGGAGCUGCCUACUUGCUUUCCUCCAAGAAGCCCAAAGGCUGCCUGGAUCCUGAGAAAUUCAAGGAGUUUAAACUUGUCAAGCGCGCACAACUGAGCCAUAAUGUGGCAAAGUUCACAUUUGAGCUUCCAACUCCUACUUCAGUUUUGGGUCUUCCUAUUGGACAGCAUAUAAGUUGCAGGGGCAAGGAUAGCGAAGGCCAAGAGGUCAUCAAACCUUAUACCCCAACAACGUUGGAUUCUGAUGUUGGACAUUUUGAACUAGUUAUUAAGAUGUAUCCGCAAGGAAGAAUGUCACACCAUUUCCGAGAGAUGCGUGUUGGUGAUUAUCUUGCUGUGAAAGGUCCCAAGGGGAGGUUCAAGUAUCAACCUGGUCAAGUUAGAGCAUUUGGGAUGCUUGCUGGAGGCUCUGGCAUCACUCCUAUGUUCCAGGUUGCUAGAGCUAUAUUAGAAAACCCAAAAGACAAGACAAAGGUAUACCUCAUUUAUGCCAAUGUCACAUACGAAGAUAUUCUUUUAAAGGAAGAAUUAAAUGGCCUUGCUACUAAAUUCCCUGACCGGUUCAAAGUCUAUUAUGUUCUGAAUCAGAACAUUGAUUUUGAUGAUAUAAUGACAGAUACUGAGAUGUGGGCCGCCCCCAUGAACAAGGCCAUGACUGAUCACCUUGAAGCUCUUGGAUACACACCCGAAAUGCAAUUCCAGUUCUGAUUCUUCUGUCUGGAUGACAAUGCAAAUAACUCUGUGUGUGUCCUUUACAUGACAUUUUCCUUCCACCCAUCAGCUUAUAGGCUCUAAAUUUUACCAUUGAAGAUUGGAACAAAUUGGUACUUGGUUUCCCCUUCAAAGACUUGAGAUGAAUUUUUCAUUGAGUUUAUUCGAACGGCAAUAGGAUCAUUACAAUUCGCCAUGUACUGUAAUACUGUAACAUUUAAUGAAUGAUGCAAGCUAAUUCAUCCUCAUUUUUGCCACCCUCA